GUGCUAGUGCCCCGCGAUAACCACGCCCACCUCCAACGCUAUUGGCGGAUGGUAGGAUGACAGGCCGGUAGGGUCGGGGAUUAGAAAAGAAACCUCAGAAAGGUACAAUCUGACUCCAAGAAGCUAAAAGUAUUUUCUUAUGUCCCCAGCCUGAGCGCUUAUCUUGUGUGAGCCACAGAUAGGAACAGCACUUUAAACUGCCCACAACGAUUCUGGACAGCGGGGCAGAGGGAGGGUCACAGGGCCACGACAUCUUGGGAAGAGCGGAACUUUCACUGGUGAAAGACAAACAGGAGACACCAGGUAUUUCAUCAGCCCCAAGAAGCGCAAAUUACAACCCCACUCCCGGAGACUCUUGGAACAGCCCGUUCCCUGGCGCUGAAGUGAUUGGAACACUGGCACUGGGAUAGGACUUGAUGUAGGAUACGUCUGGCAGCGCCUGUCACUACUAACCUGCUUCACCCCUACAACUACUGGCCCAUAAUACAGGGCAGCACCUUCACCUUGACAAAGGCACUGCCUACUCCGUACAUUGGGGUCCUGACAAGGUGGGAUGAGGAUUGGCCUGCACUAGUGAUCUGCCCCGGGGCAGCGCCAUGUUUCUACCUCCAGUUAGGAAGGGCUUCUCCAUCGAAGCUUUGGUUGGACCAGAUCGAAUUCCCGAGGAACCCCUUAGGCCCACUGCACUCAAGUACCCUGAACCUGGCCAUGGGCUGACCCCGGCCCCUCUCCGGCCUGGGAUUCGACUCCUGGGGCCCCCAGACCUUCUCUUCCCCGAACCAGCGGCUCCUCCCUAUGGGUCUAGCUUGGGGCUCCCUCAGCAUCGCCUACUGCACCGGGACCCUCUUACUUUCUGCCCCUGGAUACUCCGACACCGGCUGCCAGGAGAGGAGAAUACUCCAGAUAAUUAUUUGCUUCAUGGUCCUUUCUCCCGCAAGCCAAAAAGGAUACGAACUGCCUUCUCACCUUCUCAGCUGCUGCGUCUUGAAAGUGCGUUUGAGAAGAACCAUUAUGUGGUGGGAACAGAAAGGAAACAACUGGCAAACAGCUUGUGUCUUACAGAAACUCAGGUAAAAGUGUGGUUCCAAAACAGAAGGACAAAGCACAAGCGUCAAAAACUAGAAGAAGAGUGUCCAGAGUCUCAGCAAAAGAGGAAAAGCACCCAACACGUUAGUCGGUGGAGGAUGGCAACGUGUCAGCCAAGUCCUAAGGAUAUUGACGUCACAUCAGAUGAAUGAAAUAUUCAGUUUAAAGCAGUGGCUUGACUGGAUGGAAGCAGACUGUCCAUUGCUUUCAAAGACAUCUUCCCUGCAGAAGUUCAUUAAGUGAAGUUCAUUUUGUUAAAGAACAACAUAAUGUCAGUCCAUUGUUGUUACAAUAGGACAAACAUUCCCUGAACUUUUUGUCCACAAAGUUACAUUAGGGAGUAUCCUUACAGCGUUUCAGAUGCAGGACUUAACAAUGCAAUUUUUAUGUGAUCUGGAUUAACACAACAUUUGAACUUGAAGGAACUACAGUAUGCCAUGCCCACUUUGCUACGAUUGGGUUGUUUCCUAUCACUUCAGUAGGGCAAAUAUUCUAAACACCUCUUGGGAACUGAAUUGGGCAGGUUCUGCAAAGUGGGACCUGGCCAAGAGAGAACACUUCCCUGAGCUGAGUCAUAUAACUAGCCCCAGAUGGUGCCUUUUAAAGACCCUGGCCCAGCCAAUGUGUAACAAUGGAUGUCUUGUUGUCCACCUCCACAGGAUGAGGAUGCUUUAAAAAUGCAUUCAUUUAAGGUCAGGCUUAUUAAAGGGUAUAGUUCUUUUAAAACUAAAACAGAAAAAAACAUUUACCUCAGGAAUCUGCUUUCUUCAUUUGAUGGAGCCAGUGUAAAUAUAUAUAUAUAUUUAAGUUGAGAUAUGUGGUGUUGCAUAAAAAUGAACUACAGGUUAUGAAUACAGCUGGGAAAUUAGAUGAACUACAGAUAAAUUAAGAUACAGUAUUAAAGUUUAUAUGGUCUCCAAAAAGUGUAAAUAAAGUGAUGCUGCAAUAUAAAAGUGUGUCUUU